CAUGUACUCGAAAGUAGGCGAUGAGGUGAGUAGUGUGACUCACACAUUAUCGGUAUCAGUAUCAGGAAAGCAUCGAGUGAGGUGUACGGAAAGCACCGUCCGUUCUUUUUUCUUUGAUAAAUAUUUGCGUUGCGUUGCUUUGCUCACUUCCCCAAGGCAACAAGAUGUCGACGACGACCGUACGAAUUCAUCCAACAGCCUCUGCUCUGUCGUCCACCAUCAAACACCACCUCCUCGUCCGACCAUCUCACCGCCACGUCGUCUUCAGAAACAACAACUCCUUCUCUCGUCGCGGAAUGGUCUCUAUGGCUGCCACCCCUCUCCCAGUUUGCGUCAAACCCUCCGUCACUGUCCCCAACAAGCUCGGCGACUGUCCCUUUUGCCAAAGGGUGUUGCUGACUCUUGAGGAGAAGCAUCUCCCUUACGAGCUCAAGAUGGUGGACUUGGCCCACAAGCCAGAAUGGUUCUUAAAAAUUAACCCACAAGGUAAAGUUCCUGUGGUAAAACUUGAUGACAAGUGGAUUGCAGAUUCAGAUAUUAUCACACAAAUACUGGAAGACAAGUACCCAGAUCCGCCUUUGACAACUCCCCCUGAGAAGGCUUCAGUUGGGUCAAAGAUCUUCUCUACAUUUAUUGGUUUCCUUAAGAGCAAAGACCCCAAAGAUGGAACAGAGCAAGCAUUAAUCAGUGAACUUAGCACUUUCAAUGAUUACCUCAAAGAUAAUGGCCCUUUUGUCAAUGGGGAGAAGCUUUCUUCCGUAGACCUGUCACUUGCGCCCAAGUUGUAUCAUAUGGAGAUUGCUUUGGGGCAUUAUAAAAGUUGGUCGGUUCCAGAUUCCCUUCCAUAUGUGAAGUCUUACUUAAAGAGUAUCUUCUCACUGGAUUCAUUUACUAAAACUAGUGCCCUGAAAGAAGAUGUCAUUGCUGGUUGGCGGCCCAAAGUCUUGGGUUAAAGUAAAGUUGUCCCGCUACUGUUCUCUUUCUCUGAGGUGUAUGUCUUUUAGUGUUUCAUCUACAUUGACCUAUAUACCUUGAUUUUAUGUUUUCUGUGUACAAGACGGGCGUAAAUUGAGUUGGUAUGUAUAUAAAAUUGUCCGUGUGUAAGAAUUGCUAUUUGGUGA